AUGUCUGCAGCAGCAGCAGCAGCAGCAGCAGCAGCAGAAGCAACAGCAGCAGCAGCAGCGGCAGAAGCAACAGCAGCAGCAGCAGCAGCAGAAGCAACAGCAGCAGUAGCAGCAGCAGAAGCAACAGCAACAGCAGCAACAGCAGCAGCAGCAGCAGCAGCAGCAGAGGCAGUAGUAGUAGUAGUAGUACAAGGAACGGGAGCAGCAGCAACAGCAGCAGCAGAAAGAGGAUACCAAGCAGCACUAAACAUAUCUCUAUAA